AUGUUUCGGCCCCUUCUCCCUCGCCUGGCUGGCCGCUCCAUUAGCCGGCAGAUGCGGCAAUCACAGAUGUGCUCUGCCUCCACUGCUCUCUCGGGGCCCCAUGUUCUUGGACACUCGAGAAGAGGUUACGCUACUGGCUCAGAGGAACAUGAUGUGGUGGUAAUAGGUGGUGGAGUUGCGGGAUAUGUGGCUGCUAUCAAAGCUGGCCAGGAGGGUUUGAAAACGGUAUGUAUCGAAAAACGAGGGAAAUUGGGCGGCACAUGUUUGAACGUUGGAUGUAUCCCUUCGAAGUCCCUCCUUAACAACUCCCAUUUGUACCACCAAAUUCUCCACGACACCAAAAAGCGCGGAAUCGAAGUCGGCGAUGUCAAGCUCAACCUCGAGCAGAUGAUGAAGGCGAAGGAGUCCUCCGUUGACAGUCUCACCAAAGGCAUUGAGUUCCUCCUGAAGAAGAACAGCGUCGAAUAUGUCAAGGGCACGGGCUCCUUUAUCGACCAGAACUCUGUCAAGGUGGAUCUGCUGGAAGGUGGUGAGCGCACUCUGAAAGGCAAAAAUAUUAUUGUCGCGACGGGAAGCGAACCUACUCCCUUCCCUGGCUUGACCAUCGACGAGGAGCGCAUCAUCACAAGCACUGGCGCUUUGCAGCUCAAAGAAGUUCCCAAAAAGAUGAUUGUUAUCGGUGGCGGCAUCAUUGGUCUGGAGAUGGCGUCUGUCUGGUCUCGAUUGGGUGCGGAAGUCACAAUUGUUGAGUUCCUCAACCAAAUCGGCGGCCCCGGCAUGGAUGCUGAAAUCUCCAAGCAAGCCCAAAAAAUCCUUGGGAAACAAGGCAUCAAAUUCCUCGUCGGCACCAAGGUCACAUCUGGCGACGACAACGGCAAAAAUGUCGUUCUCAAUGUCGAGUCCGCCAAGGGUGGCAAAGAACAGAAACUGGACGCCGACGUUGUCCUCGUCGCCAUUGGCCGCAGACCGUACACAGAAGGUCUAGGUUUGGACAAGGUCGGAGUCGAGGUCGACGAGAAGGGUCGCGUGGUCAUCGACCAGGAAUAUCGAACGAAGUCCCAGCAUAUCCGCGUCAUCGGCGACUGCACUUUCGGACCCAUGCUCGCGCACAAGGCGGAGGAAGAAGCCGUCGCCGCCAUCGAAUACAUCAAGAAGGGCUACGGCCAUGUUAACUAUGCAGCCAUCCCAAGUGUCAUGUACACACAUCCCGAAGUUGCCUGGGUUGGCCAGAACGAAGCAGAUGUCAAAGCCGCGGGCAUCAAAUACCGCGUUGGCACGUUCCCGUUUUCCGCAAACUCGCGCGCCAAGACCAAUCUGGACACCGAGGGACUGGUGAAGUUCAUCGCGGAUGCGGAGACUGAUCGCAUUCUCGGUGUCCACAUCAUUGGGCCGGGAGCUGGGGAGAUGAUUGCCGAAGCCACCUUGGCGAUUGAGUAUGGGGCUAGCUGUGAGGAUGUCGCCCGCACAUGCCAUGCUCACCCAACGCUAUCGGAGGCGUUCAAGGAGGCGGCUAUGGCUACGUAUUCGAAAGCGAUUCAUUUCUAG